AUGGACAAGAAGCUGCGCUUGCGGCUGAAUGGGAACCGGAACGUCGUCGGGACGCUGCGAGGGUUCGAUCAAUUCUUAAACGUCGUGCUCGACGACGCGACGAACGAUACGACGAGCGAGAAGACGCCGAUGGGGAUGAUUGUCGUGCGAGGGAACUCGGUGGUGAGCAUGGAGGCGCUGGAACACAUCGCGCCGGCGGUGCGAAGGCAAGGGGCUUGA